AUGGCCUUAUCAGGAGGACUAAGCUUCACCGCAAUGGAGCCUCUGAUUAGCUGGGAUUCGGAGAAAAGGAAGUUUCUUUGCUGUUUGUACCGAUUCUGGGACCGGGAUAUCAACGCUUACAAGGCGGUGUUCGACGCCGUCUAUCAUGACGAUUUGAGAAACGCAGGCUUCAGAAAUGGUGCUCCCAAAGAAAGACUUCGCGGCCAAUGGCACCACUUAAAGUCAAGAGUGCUCCCGGACUGGGUUGACGUUCAUCUGUCUCCCUUCGAUAAGGAGGGACGGUGGGCGCCUUUCGUGGCGACCAUCCGCAGAACUCUGAGAUCCUUGCACAUACACCUCAGGGAGAGCACGGUAGAUCCUGUUGAUGCUGCUACAUACGAACAUGAGAUCGAAGAGCUACCGGCCAAUGUCUCUAUGCAUGGGGACAGGGCCCUUUGCAAGUACGGGGACAAGGUGUGUUUCUGGUGCGUCCAGGAGCGCAUCAUCACAAACACACGAGGAAAUCCAAGAGCGAAAGGAAACUACAUACCGCCAGUACUGUAUCGGUGGUCGAAUGUCGACUCCCAGGGCAUCAACACGAGAAACAUCUUGGUUGCGGGUCUCUUCGAGGAUUGGGACCAGUACUUCUCACCGAACACAAUACGGCCGGACAAGUUCCAGGACUAUUUUCGGAAGCAUGUCCAUAUAGCGGAGGUUCCAUCCCCGUUCAUCUCGACGUGCAAGUCAAUGCUCUCACCAGUGCACCGAGCCAUACGAAACAAAGAAGGUGCUCUCAUCUCCGUCAUUGACACCAAGGGGCUUGACUUCGUGUACUCAGCCAGGAAUUUGUGUUGGCUGCACAAAGUCCGGGUAGGAAAGAGCACCUACAACGGCGCCGGGGAGUUUUUAAUCUGGGGAAAAGUCCCCUCCUCUAACAUAGUCUGUUCCUUCAAAGCCAGCACUUUGGAACAGAUUGCAAAUGAGCACGGUGAUAUUGCUGAACUCCUUCAACUCGACACCAUUGCGUCGUAUGAGCGCAAUCGAAAGGCGUUGCAUACUGCGCUUUCAGAGCAAGGGCAUUAUUCCGACCGUACAUCUGGCAAACUCAUUGGGAAGCUCCUUUCUUUACUUCAAGUUCGAUUUGAGUAUAGUGGUGAGAUCGGACGAGGCAUGUUCUAUUCCUGGCGUCUUCGAAGGCCAGACAAUCCCGGGGAAGCAUUUUACGAGGGUAUACGUGCAGGAUAC